AUGAGCCAACUUAAGGAGCUGCAUAGCGAGGAUCUGAAACUUUUCAAGCUUGAAUCGGCACUUCGCAAACUAAGUGACAAGCUCAGCGAUAUUGAGUUGAUCAAUGACAGUUUGCGGAAACAUUUACUCAUUAGCGAGAAGAUUAUUGAAUCGCGCGAGUCUAAAAUUAACAAACUCCGUGUACUUUUGGAAGAGCAGCAAGCCCAGGUAAAGAAAGAAAGCAUUCAAUUCGAAAGUAAACUCGAUGCAUUGCGGAAUAAGCUCGAAACGAAAUGGAUGAUGGAAUCGGGCUCCGGUCCUGAUGAUGCCUCUUUCGAAGCCAAUACUUCUAAUACUUUAGGAAGUUUCUUUGGGAACUCAGGAAUUGCAGAGCAGAUACUAGACAAUUCAUCAGUUCACAGUGAUCCGAGAGAACCGGGGGAAGAUUUUAAUACGCUGAUUGACUCUCCGUUAGGUGGUAAAAGCUCAAUUUCGCCUGGAUCGCCCAAACUAGGCCUCAAUCUUCGUAUAGUUAAACCACUCCGAGGGGGUCAUCCUGAAGAAAAUUCCACAGAUAGAUAUGGAUCACCUUAA